AUGGAUGCCUGGAAGAUGCUGUGGCUCUUGGGCUUGGCCUUUGUCAUCUGUGCCCCAGCUCUGGUGAUUGGGGGUGACACAGGACAAGUUACCCCACCUGUGGUAGUGACACAGUAUGGGGUGCUCCAGGGCAAGACCAACUGCAUCAGAGGAAUACCCGUCAAUGUUUAUCUGGGAGUCCCUUUUGCCAAGCCCCCUCUGGGGUCCCUGAGAUUUGCUCCUCCGCAGCCUCCUGAGCCUUGGGAAGGAGUGAGGCAGGCAACCACCUACCCCAACUCGUGUCUACAAGAGUCCUGGGGACAGAUUGCAUCCAUGAUUUUCACAAACAGGAGGAACUAUGUCUGGCUGAAGUUUGGAGAGGAUUGUCUGUACCUAAAUGUGUACUCUCCGGCCCAUGCAAACAGAAGGAGCAAGUUGCCCGUGAUGGUCUGGUUCCCCGGAGGGGCUUUCCUGGUAGGAGCAGCUUCCACAUAUGAUGGGGCCUGGUUAUCAGCCUUUGAGGAUGUGGUUGUUGUGAUAAUCCAGUACAGGCUGGGAGUCUUCGGCUUCCUCAGUACUGGGGAUGUCCAUGCUCGUGGAAACUGGGGACUCCUGGACCAGGUGGCAGCUUUGCAGUGGAUCCAGGAGAACAUUGAAGGCUUUGGCGGGGACCCUGGGUGUGUGACAGCUUUUGGGCAGUCGGCAGGCGGAAUCUCCAUUUCUGCUCUUAUGCUUUCCCCUUUAUCCAGAGGCCUAUUCCACCGAGCCAUUUCCCAGAGUGGAACUGCACUGAUCAAACCCUUCAUAACAUACCGGCCUCUGGAGCUCGCCAAAAAGAUAGCUAAGGUAGCUGGAUGUGACAACAGCAGUUCCAGUGACCUGGUGCAAUGUCUGAGAGAGAAACCUGAAAGACAGCUUGUGAAGGCAUCAAGGAAGAUGAAAUUCUUCAGAAUAGACGUAGACCCAGAUCCCAAUAAGAUCAUCUGGUUUGUGUCUCCUGUGGUGGACGGAGUGGUUUUCCCCGUGAGCCCUGAGGAGCUGCUGGCUCGGGGAGAUUUCCUGCGCAUCCCAUACCUGCUGGGUGUCAACAACCAGGACUUCGGGUGGUUGCUCCCACACGUCAUGAAAUAUCACAUCCCUCUUCUAGGACUGAAAAGAGACAAAAUAUAUUAUUUGAUCUGGAAAUCCAGCCAACUUCUGAAUAUUACUGAAGAGCAGGUUCCUGUGAUCAUGAAGGAGUACCUAGGAAAUAUCCAGAACAAGAUUGUGCUGCGAAAUCUCAUUCUGGACCUGGCCACUGAUGGGAGUUUUGUGGUAACAAGUGUUGAAACAGCCCGGUACCACCGAGAUGCUGGCUUGCCUGUCUACUUUUACCAGUUUCAACAUCACGCAAGUUCAGGGAUCCUCGUGAAGCCCUGUUAUGUAAAAGCAGAUCAUGGAGAUGAGAUUGGCUUUAUCUUCGGACGUCCAUUCUCACAAGGUUUCUGUUCAAAAGCAGAAAAGAGCCUCAGUGUGACCAUGAUGAAAUAUUGGGUCAACUUUGCUCGGACAGGAAAUCCCAAUGGUGGCAAUCUCACAAGCUGGCCACCCUAUGACCAAGAGGAGAAAUAUUUGGCUAUUGAUCUCAACCAAAAGGUGGCAGCAAAACUGAGAGAAAAGCAGGUGGAAUUUUGGAUCAAGAUUCAGAAUCCGCCAAGAAAGACCCCCACAAAGUCAAAGGAGUUCACGGAAUUAGAGGGCCACAUGACCGAGGGGCUGAAUGAAUGUAGAGAGAAGAACUGGUUCACCAUUGGACACCUGGGAACUGAAUUCUGCCAGGGUGAAAGGCAAAGGGGAGGAGAUUAGAGAAACUUUGGAAUGAGUAGAUACCUCUAAGUGAGACUGCAUCCUUCAAGAGGACCCCCUAGUUGUGAUUACAAGGUGGCAGAUUUGGGCAACACUUGGUGCUGUCAUGUCUAAGCUCUUUGUACAUGAAAAGCCAUAAUCACCUACUAUUGAAUUAGCAUUAAUGGCCCUAAUAAAGUCUAAACUCCUCCA